CGCCCAAUUUCCUGCAUGACAAAUUGAUAAAGAAGACUGAGAACCCAUUGAUAAUAUGAUAACUGAUAAGAUAAGGUUGAUUUGAGGAGAGAGAAAAUAACUCAAACCAAAAAUGGAGGAGAAAUUAUCAUCAUUUGCAAAAUCAACAACACCAUCACCAAUUCAACAGCUUUCUCAUCUUGCUCAACGUUGCAAUGCCAUCAACCUUGCUGAAGGCUUCCCUGACUUUCCUGCUCCUUCCCACAUCAAAAACGCUGCCGUUUCCGCCAUUAACUCUGACUUUAAUCAAUACAGACAUGUGCAGGAAAUAUGUGAUCAUGUAGCAAAGAAUAUGAAGGACAUGCAUGGUUUGGAUGUUGACCCUGUGACAGAUAUAGUGAUUUGUUGUGGUCAAACUGAGGCAUUUGCUGCGUCAAUGUUUGCCUUGCUUGAUCGCGGCGAUGAAGUUAUCGUGCUUGACCCAUCAUAUGAGACAUAUGAAUCUUGCAUCAGUAUGGCUGGAGGAGUACCGGUAUUUGUGUCCUUAGACCCUCCUUAUUGGACUCUAGACCCUGAGAAACUGAUGAAGGCCUGUACUUCCAAGACAAAAGCUAUAGUGUUGAACAGCCCUCACAAUCCAACAGGGAAAGUGUUUGGACUAGACGAGCUGGACAUAAUCGCUGAAGCUUGCAUUAAAUGGGACUGCCUAGCUGUUACAGAUGAAGUGUAUGAAUAUAUAACCUAUGAUAAUGAAAGACACAUAGCCCUCGCGUCACUUCCAGGAAUGCAAGAGCGUACCAUAAUCACUUCCUCCUUGUCUAAAACUUAUUGUGUGACAGGUUGGAGAAUUGGAUGGGCCAUUGCCCCUGCAUGUAUUGCUGAUGCUAUAAGAAAUAUCCACAUAAGACUUACAGAUUCAGCCCCAGCACCUUUCCAAGAAGCUGCCUUGGCGGCUCUGCAGAGCCCUCCGCAAUAUUAUAAGUCACUGAAAGACGACUAUGAGUCAAGAAGAGACUUCAUAACAGAAAUGCUCAGUGGGAUUGGUUUCCAGAUUGAGUUUAAGCCUCAGGGUUCAUUUUUCAUAUUCGCCGAGCUACCCAAUGAUUACAAACAAUGUGAUAUAGACUUUGUUGAAGAAUUGAUAAAACAAGCAGGAGUAGUUGGUGUUCCAGGAUGUGGAUUUUUCCAUACGAAGCGGCCUCCUGAUGGCUAUCAAAGAAGGUACAUUAGAUUUGCUUUCUGCAAAAGCAGUCAGACUCUGAUUGCUGCUCUUCGUCGAAUAAGUCCACUGCUUAACUCCUCAGGUCAUCUCAACCUAUUUUUUAACUCUGAGAAAGCCCUUGAUUCUUGACAAUUUUGUAAUCAGAUAGUUUUGUUAAUCUUUAUUUGCUUCAUAAACGGAGGCAUCAUAUUAUAAAUUUUCACGUGUAAUGUUAUACCGAAGAAUAUGUCAUGUACAAUACUUCAGAACUGCAGGAAUUAUGUAAUGUAACGUAACAUCAACAUAGGCCCUCCACCCUCCAGAAUUAGUUGUCA